CGAUGGGUACGACCAUCAGACACAAACGGGCAAACCUGCCUCAAGAGUUACUGAGCUUCUGUCGCUUCAUUGCAGUGAUGUCAGCAAGCAAUUCAUACCGGGCCUGUGGGGUGUUCUAGUAGUUGUCAGCGCUCUGGUCAAUGCCAUUGCAGCUGACCAACGAUGGGACACUAGGCGAACCCUCAAGAACGCAGCCAGGGUGUGCACCCGAGUCACUUAAAAGCGGACACUGUGCCCGCGAUUUUCUAACUUUCUCUCUCCCUCGUCCACUCCUCUGCUACUCGCACAGCUCUCUCUACUCUCACCGAUGUCAGAAACGCCAUACACCAUAGCCGUGUCGGACGAGGCCCUCGCCACGCUACACCAGAAGCUCAAAGCUACCAGACUCCCGGACGAGCUGGACGAGGCGGCGUGGGACUACGGUGUGCCCUUGGCAGACAUCAAGCGGCUCGUCGCCCGGUGGAGUAACGGCUACGACUGGCGGAAGCACGAAGCCGCUCUCAAUGCGGAAUUGCCCCAAUUCACGCGCGACAUCACGGUAGACGGACACGGGACGCUCAACAUCCACUACAUUCAUCAGAAGAGUGAGGUGCAGGGCGCGAUCCCGCUGUUGUUCGUACACGGAUGGCCGGGCAGCUUCUUCGAGGCGAGGAAGAUCCUGCCCUUGCUCGUCGCGCGUUCGCCCGAACAUCCGAGUUUUCACGUUGUUGUAAUGAGUCUGGCGGGGUACGGGUUCUCUGAGGCUCCUAAAAAGAAGGGCUUCGCUAUUGAGCAACAAGCUGAGGUCGGCCACAAAAUCAUGCUGGCACUGGGCUACAAUGAAUACGUGACGCAAGGAGGCGACUGGGGCUACUUUAUUACGCGCCGCAUCGCCAAGCGCUACGGCCACCAGCACAACAAAGCCUGGCACACCAACUUCCCCUUGGGCCGUCCCCCUACGCUUUACUAUGAGCCGCUUUCAUGGUUGGCUUUAUGCUUGAAAGGUCUGACAAAGGAGGAAAAGGCCGGCCUUGCGGAGGCGGCAUGGUUCAACGGCCAUGGACGAGGCUAUUACGCCCAGCAAUCGACGCGGCCGCAGACCGUGGGCUACGCGCUGGCCGACUCUCCCGUCGGACUGCUAGCCUGGAUCUACGAGAAGCUGGUGGAAUGGACGGACAAGUACCCUUGGGAUGACGACGAAGUCCUGACCUGGAUAUCCAUCUACUGGUUCUCCCGGGCCGGGCCCACUUCGUCCAUCCGUCUCUAUUAUGAGUUUGCAGAGGGCCGGUCGGAUGUGAUGAAGGACAUCUAUGUACCCGCAGAGUACCCGACCAUCCCGAUGGGCAUGUCUCAUUUUCCCGGCGAAAAGGGCAUUAUACCAGUCAGCUGGACCAAUGCCACCGGCAACAUUGUUUACCGGAACAAGCACGGGCGUGGCGGCCACUUUGCUGCAUAUGAAGCCCCGGAUUCGCUUGUCCAUGAUUUGCGUACGAUGUACAAAAAGGGCGGCCCGGUAUUUGGUGUUGUCAAAGGACACAGCGGCUAUGACCGAGAAGAGCAGCAUGACUCCGGUAAGAGAGUAGUCGAUAUUUGAUCUUGCAGAAAUGAACACUCAGAACUGGGAAACUUGGAUGAGCUGCAGAACACGCUGGAGUGCCGCACCGAUCUGUCCCCUAGUCUUUAGUAAGUAGAUCGUCCCCGUCGCUGGCAUCAACGGCAAGAAGCUUUUUUUGUGGUACUGCAAGUUUCAGUGAGCCAGUUAGGAGACAUGGGUAUCUGUCAAAGUUGGAUUUCAUGUUCGAGUCCGUGCAUCCAAAAUUGUAGCUAAACAAGAAUUCAC